UUUGCAUAAAUUAAAAUUUUACUAUGUUUGUUCAUACUUAAAUCAAGACAACGCACUGGCCCAUAGAUAAGAACCGCAAGCUCAAUCUCAGGUCCAUCCUAACCGGCGAUACUGGGGUCGCUCAUGGGCAGCAGGAACAAUUUCUUCGGCUCCGGAAAACAUAGGGGACGAAGUUCACCGCCCGGCGGCUCCAUAAAAGUCUCACAUAUUCAUCGGUCAAUAUAAAUGUUCGCUCUUAGUCAAACUGCUUCGGUCAGCUGAAUACAGUAUACCCCAGAGGCCAGUUGCCCCUUCCUACCGCUCCCUGCCGGCGCCCAUCAAAUUCCGCUCUCUGGGAAUAGGGUUUCUCUCUCUCUGUCUCUAUCUCUCUCGCUCUUGCUUUAUAUCGUUUGAUCUGAGGUAUGAAAUCUUUCAUCGAAAUUAGAUUUUUUAGUUCUUGAUCUUGGAAAAUGGUCUUCCGACCUAGGGUUAUGGUUUCGUGGCGGUGAAAUCUUGCGGUCUUGUAGCACUAUCUAUAUCUGGUCUCUGCGGGCAAUAUGCGCAAAUUUCUGUGUAAUUUCGAGCUUUAAUUUAGCACAGCUGAAAAUUCGCGGAUAUUUCGCCAAUUUACAAAAUUUCGCGCGAGUUUAUAGAAUUUUCGUGAGUAGGUCGAUUUACGUAAGAGUUUGGAUUUGGUUUUGAGGAAGGAGGGUGAUGUUGGAGUGAUGGCGCUUAAGGUUCCAGCGCCAAGGGCCGCUGAGGUUGCGAUUCAGUCAAUCGGCCGGGGCUAUGAUAUUGCUAUAGAUCUGAGGCUGAAAUACUGCAAGGGAGAUGAUAUGGUUAAUCCGCGGUUGAUUGAGAUUGAUGAGGAUGCUGGUCGAGACAUUGUGCUGCCUGGGGGGAUAACUAUCCCGAAUGUUUCAAAAUCAGUAAAGUGUGAUAAAGGGGAGCGCACACGGUUUCGGUCUGAUGUUAUCUCAUUCCAGCAGAUGUCCGAGCAAUUCAACCAGGAAAUAUCAUUGUCUGGUAAAAUUCCAUCGGGUCUUUUCAAUGCAAUGUUUGAAUUUUCAAGCUGUUGGCAGAAAGAUGCAGCCAAUACUAAAACCCUUGCUUUUGAUGGGGUGUUCAUCACACUCUACACGGUUGCAUUAGAAAAGUCUCAGAUGGUACUCUGUGAUCAUGUUAAGAAAGCUGUUCCUUCGUCAUGGGAACCUGCUGCAUUGGCAAGGUUCAUUGAGACAUUUGGCACCCAUAUUAUUUUUAGUGUCAAAAUGGGUGGGAAGGAUGUGAUAUAUAUGAAGCAACAACAUUCGUCAACUCUUCAACCUGCUGAAGUACAGAAAAGGUUAAAGGAGAUGGCUGAUAAGAGGUUUUCAGAUGCUAAUGGACAAUAUAUUAUGGGUUCUGACCACAUUUAUCAUAAUGAUAAGUUUGAAAUCAGGGAGCAAAGGCUGAGGUUUGCGGAUACCAGUCCAUCAAGUUCUUGUUCACACAAGGAGGAUAUUGUCAGCAUAUGCAAGAGAAGAGGUGGAAGUGAUAAUAAAAACUUGUCCCAUUGUGAGUGGUUGCAGAGUGUUCAGCUUGAGCCUGAUGUUAUCUCAAUGUCUUUUGUACCAAUUACCUCCUUGUUGAAUGGAAUUCCUGGGAGCGGAUUCUUGAGCCAUGCUAUCAACCUUUAUUUACGCUAUAAACCACCAAUUCAAGAACUCCCUCAGUUUUUGGAAUUUCAGCUGCCUAGACAGUGGGCUCCUGUAUUCAGUGAGCUUCCUCUUGGUCCACAGCGGAAGCAACAGUGCACUGCGGCUUUGCAAUUCAGCUUCAUGGGUCCCAAGCUUUAUGUGAACACAACUCCUGUUGAUGUUGGUAGAAGGCCAGUGACGGGCCUUCGGCUCUAUUUAGAAGGCAGAAGAAGUAACCAUUUAGCUAUCCAUCUGCAGCAUCUCUCCUCUCUUCCCAAAGUCUUCCAACUUGAGGAUGAUCCAAAUCAUAACUUCUGCCAGGAGUCCUAUGAUCAUAAAUACUAUGAGAAAGUUCAAUGGAAGAACUUUUCUCAUGUUUGCACUGCUCCUGUUGAAUCUGAUGAGGAUGUUUCGAUAGUGACAGGUGCCCAGUUACAGGUUGGGAAUUAUGGCCUCAAAAAAGUUCUCUUCUUACGACUGCGUUUCUCAACUGUUUUAGGAGCUAGAAUGCUAAAGCAUCCAGAGUGGGACGGAUCACCAAAUCUGAUCCCCAAGUCCGGUCUCAUAUCUACUUUAAUUAGCCAUCACUUUACAACAGUUCAAAAGCCUCCUCCAAGGCCAGCUGACGUAAACAUAAACUCUGCCGUAUACCCUGGAGGACCGCCAGUGCCUGUCCAGGCUCCUAAACUUUUGAAGUUUGUUGAUACCACAGAGAUGACACGCGGGCCACAGGAAACUCCUGGGUAUUGGGUUGUUACUGGGGCGAGGCUUAUGGUUGAGAAGGGCAGGAUUUCACUACGGGUUAAGUACUCUCUGCUGACUCUAAUAUUACCUGAUGAUGAAGUGGAGGAGCACUAGAAGAGCUUCCUGUUUUUUAUCUACUCCUGAAAACAAGAGAAUUUAAAAGGGUACUUUGGUUUAAGCAAUUGUAGAGGACAGAGAAGCGGGAGAUGCACAUAGGCAAGCAUUUUGAAGCUGAAGCUCCAAAUUCGGUGAACUGGCGAAAGCUUACAAAUGGUAAAGGGGAGCCUUGAAAGUAUUCAAGGGAUCAGGGAUAUGGAAAUGUUGUAUUAUCAAUUUAUUUUUUCUUUUUUAUUUUUCACUUUUUUAUCCAUGUAAUUUUGUGUCUACAUUGUAGAUUCUUCACAUUGUGCUCGUCAUUUGAUUUUUAAGGUAUCACACCCUUUGCUUGCCAA